AUGAGCACAGUAUCAAGCGCAGCCCAGCCGUACACUUGCCGUCGUACCCGACAUCUCGCUGCACGUUUUUUUCACAAGCCCUAUAAGCUGGCCCACCAAUUCUGGAUAUCAUACCAUCCGCCCACUGGCGCGAAGCACACAUCGAGCGGGGAUGAAACUCCGCCCAUACCCGAAGGAGAGCUGGAGCAACAGAAAAUCGAACAUGAGAAGAAGGUGCAAAAGGAAAAGGAAUGCCAAGCUAGGGAGGCGGAGGAAGUCAGACAACUGGACAUAAAACUCUUACACCAACGAGCUAUCGAGGCAGAGGAGGUGCAGAAAAGGGAGAUAGCCGAGGCGGUAGAAGAGUUGCGUGGUAUGAACACCUCCUGGUCGCACCAUAGGCUGUGCGAUCUCCAGCGACAAGCGGCCAGGUUUCGCCAGAGUAGACCCUCAAUCCCGGAUACCACAAAACACUAUAGGAGUGUACUGAAAAAAGCGUGCAGCGCGCAACUGACUAAGCCACAGUCUAGUCAGAGUAUCAGCGACAACGACGGCAUAUUUAUCAACCUCUCCCAUUUAGGCUCCUGUAGAGACGAGUCGGUGGACAGUGACACCUGUGAAACCACCUGCACCAGCAGGGGACGUGGCUGGAGAGCGUCGGCGAACGACGUCAGCCCACAGGUCACCGUGGACCUAUCCCGUGCACCGUCUUGUCCCGGGUGGAAAAUUAAACUACCGGCGCCGAUGGUCUAUGACAGGGGUGGCGUUUGGCGUCAGACGUCUGUGGGCCGAGGGGUGGUUAUAAGGGGCUUGUUA